AUGGCUGAAGGAACAUACAUCGUGACAUUGAAGGAAGACGCUAAUGACGACCUUGUGAGCAAGGUCAAGAACCAGGUUUCCUUGUUGGGAGGUAAGGUGCUCGACGAUUUCGCCUUGAUCAAGGGUUUUGUGGCCAAGUUGCCCCCAGUGGAGAUUGAGACCUUGAAGGGCCACGACGGGAUCCUCAACAUCGAGGAGAACCAGGAGGUGAGAAUCCAGGAGAAUAAGUAA